UCUUCAUCUCCAGUCUCCAUCUUUCAUCGCCAUAAAGCAACAAUCUUUCAACAACUCUUCUCAAAACUUCUGAAUCCCCAUUUGCAAAUCAACCCAUCUCUCUCUCAAAAUUUCACCAAUUCGAUCAAAAUUGGAGCUAAUUAAAAUCAAAUCAUGGGGUUUGAUAAAGAGGCAAGUUCGUCUUCACAUGUGUUGCCUCCUUUUCCCAGAGAAGAUACUCCACUUUUAACCAAAUCACCGCAACUUUCUACUCGAUCCAAGACCUUUGCAAACGUUUUUAUAGCCAUAGUUGGUGCUGGAGUUUUAGGCCUCCCGUACACCUUCAAAAAAACAGGAUGGAUCAUGGGCUCACUCAUGCUCUUCUCUGUUGCAGCUUUGACCUAUUACUGUAUGAUGCUCUUGGUUGUCACACGCCGGAAGCUUGACACUCUUAAUGGCUUCUCAAAAAUUGCCUCAUUUGGUGAUCUCGGGUUUGCUGUGUGUGGUUCAAUUGGUCGUCUUGUUGUUGAUGCCAUGAUUGUCCUUGCGCAAGCUGGGUUUUGUAUCAGUUACCUCAUUUUUAUUGCUAAUACUUUGGCUCAUUUAUUUAAUAAAUCAUACGAUGAUGUUACUAGUGCUGGUAAAAUUCUAGGUUUUUUGACCCCAAAAGCUUUAUAUAUUUGGGGUUGUUUUCCUUUUCAAUUGGGGUUAAAUUCAAUUCCAUCAUUGACCCAUUUGGCUCCUCUGAGUAUUUUUGCUGAUGUGGUUGAUCUUGGAGCUAUGGGGGUGGUGAUGGUGGAGGAUGUCAUGAUUUUCCUCAAAAAGAUGCCUGAUUUAAAGGCUUUUGGUGAUUUUUCUGUGUUUGCUUAUGGUAUUGGUGUGGCAGUUUAUGCUUUUGAAGGUGUUGGCAUGAUAAUGCCACUGGAAUCUGAGACUAGAAACAAAGGUAGAUUUGGGAAAAUACUAGCCUUAUGUAUGGUUUUCAUUUCUUUGUUAUAUGGAGCAUUUGGGGCUUUAGGUUACUUUGCAUUUGGUGAAGACACGAAAGAUAUAAUCACUACCAACCUUGGACCAGGAGUGGUGAGCACUCUGGUGCAGCUGGGACUGUGCAUCAAUCUGUUCUUCACUUUUCCAUUGAUGAUGAACCCAGUUUAUGAGGUUUUCGAGAGGCGAUUUUGUGAUUACAGGUACUGCAUGUGGCUGAGAUGGUUGAUUGUAUUGGCAGUGAGUCUGGUGGCUCUACUGGUGCCUAACUUUGCAGAUUUUUUAUCACUGGUGGGGAGUAGUGUGUGCUGUGUGCUGGGAUUUGUGUUGCCUGCUUUGUUCCAUUGGUUGGUGUUCAAGGAAGAACUGGGAUGGAGCGGCAUUGCUUGGGAUGCUUGCAUUGUGGUAUUUGGAGUGAUCAUUGGAAUCACAGGAACCUACUCUUCACUAAUGGAGAUUUUUGCAUCCAAAGCUUAAGAGUUGAGGCCUUUUGAUUGUUAUUAGAAGAAAUAAACCAAUGUUGUUAAUAUGAGUUUGUUGAAUGUGAAAUUGUGUGUGUUGUAAUAUUAUUAGUAUUAUGUGUAGCUUGUUCAAAAUUAUUAUGAACAGCUAAUCAAUCAAUUGCAGCUGAUCUAUUAUUUUA